CUCAUGCUCAGAAGAGAUAGUGUCUCACAGUGACGAAUCCGAACAGAAAAACAGAUUGUGCUAGGGAGGAGUGAUUCAAGAUGGAAGUAAUGAGCUGAAACAUAAAAGUCAGUAUGAAUGACAUUAACCUCAGUCCAGCGGGGAUGGACCAGCUGAGCGUCUCCUCUGUUAGUGGUGCUGUACCUGUGACUGGGGGUCACCUGGGGCUGGCAACCUCACCCACCCACCACCCCAUUGCUACGCCAGGUAUGCCAGUGGCGAUUCCUAAUUUUGGCCCCUCUCUGGGCUCCCUCCCCUCGGCCCUGUCCCUCAUGCUGCCUAUGGGACCUCUCGGGGACCGAGGGGUGAUGUGUGGGAUUCAGGAGAGGAACUACACCCUGCCACCACCUCCUUACCCUCACCUUGAGAGUAGCUACUACAGACACAUCCUGCCAGGCAUAUUGUCAUAUCUAGCAGACAGACCGCCACCUCAGUAUAUCCACCCCAGCUCCCUAAACAUGGAUGGGAACCCUGCUCUCUCUGUGUCAAGCAACGCCUCUGCCCUCGACCCAUACCAUCCUGGAGGAGUGGUGGGAUUGGAGCCCAGCAUGGUGACUUUGGACUCCCGGCAGGUGGGAGCCCACAGUGCCCAAAGCCUUCACCCCAGCAGUGGACAUGAAGUGGCCCUGGACACUGGAAUGGCCAUGGAACCGGUGUCUAGAGUGACCAGCCCCAUCUCUACGGAUGGGAUGGAAGAGGACUUGACGAUGAAAGGGGUGGCAGGGGAGCACCAGCAACUACCCGCGAGCUCCAGGAACCACGAGAACAUUGUCGUGGAUUCUGUGGGGAAUGGUUUGUCAGCGGAAGCGGUUGGCGAAGGUGAUGUCAUUCCCAUCCACUCAGGGGCCCUGGAACUGCCUGUUGUCAUGGAAUCGGUGCUCCUGGGCGGGAGGGUCACUAACGGUGGCCUGGGUGAAUCUCUCCACAUGGCGGGGAUGAGCUCUGGCUCGGUCAGGGUGGUCCUCUCCAGCUCUCACACCACCAUGAACCCCCUGGAGCCUGUGUCCAUUCAUGGGGCCAACAUCAGUCUGGAGCCUGUCUCUGCGUCGUCCAUCACAGCCGAGGUGUCUCUGGGACAUGGGCAGGUGGACGCGUCACCAGAGAAUCUGGUCCUUGUGCCUUCCUCUCUGCAGAUGGAGGAUUCCAACUCCAACAAGGAAAAUAUGGACACUUCCUUUACAGUAUGGUGCGCACUGUGUGGCCAGGCCUACCCAUCGGACUGCCCUCAACAUGGACCGGUCACCUUUAUUCCAGAUACCCCUAUUGAGAGCCGUGCUCGACUCUCCCUCCCCGGGCAGCUCACCCUGAGGCAGUCUGGAACUGGAGUUGAACUCGGAGUAUUUUCUCGAGAGCCCAUCCCGGUCAGGACCUGCUUUGGACCCCUCGUCGGGCAGCAGUGCGGCUCUUUGGAUGUAUCUGAUUGGUCAGACAAGGCCGCUCUUCAUAUCUGGAAGGUGAUUCAUAACAAUGUGCUGGAGUUCUGUGUCACGACAGAUGAAAAUGAAUGUAACUGGAUGAUGUUUGUUCGAAGAGCAAGGGCUGUCAGGGAGCAGAAUCUGGUAGCCUACCCCCACAAUGGUAAAAUAUAUUUCUGCACUUCAAGAGAGAUUCUUCCUGACCAUGAGCUCCUAUUCUACUACAGCAGGGACUACGCCAGGCACAUCGGUGUCCCUGAAAUUCCUGAAGCACAAAUAUGCCAUCGUGGCAAGGAGUGUGCGUCCUACACAGAACUGAAGUCUAGCCUGAACAGCCACACUCACAGCAACAGCCCAAGCCAGGUGCACAGCAGCAAGCUAGUGAGCAGCCACUGGCCGGGCCACCCCAAAGAGAGGAAGUUCAAGUGCGCCAUGUGUUCCCGUGCGUUCACCUCGUCCACCAAGCUCAAUGUGCACAUCAUGGGCCACGUGGGCAUGAAGCCACACAAGUGUGAGUUCUGCAGCAAAGCCUUCAGUGACCCCAGCAACCUCCGAACCCACCUGAAAAUCCAUACAGGCCAGAAGAAUUACAGGUGUGCAGCCUGUGAAAAGUCUUUCACACAGAAGGCUCACUUGGUGUCGCAUAUGAUCAUCCACACGGGAGAGAAGAACCUGAAGUGUGAUCACUGUGACAAGAUGUUCAUGAGGAGACAGGAUCUCAAACAGCACAUUCUGACUCACACACAGGAGCGUCAAAUCAAGUGCCCUAAAUGUGACAAACUGUUCUGGCGGGCAAACCAUUUGAAGAAACACCUGAACUCCCACGAAGGAAGGAGGGACUAUAUCUGUGAGAAGUGUACAAAAGCUUUCCUGACCAAAUACCACCUCACGAGACAUCUGAAAAUCUGUAAGGGGCCGAAGAGUGAGUCUGCACAGGACCUGGACGAGGAAGAGGACGAGGACGAAGAAGAGGAAGAGGAGGAGGAGGAGGAGGACGGUCUGAUUGAACCAGCCAGAUUAACCGUUAGCGUGUACGCCCCUCACCAGACACUGACUCCACACAAGUAACUGGUGGAACUGCAGUCCUCCACAUCUAGAUACAGAAAUAACUGCAACAACUUCGUUUUGCAGAUGAGCCACUGCAGUUUGCAGUUGUCAACAAAUUAUUUAAAGUACUUAAAAUAAACUACAUUUUGUUCUGUUGGUAAACAUAAAAAAUGUGUUCUAAUAAAAUCAAUUAAAAAAAAAAAAUGGUAACACUGACCAUUAGCCCUUUGCGGUCCUUUGUCGGACCAGGUCCGACAUUACAAUAUUCCCUUUCCAGUCCGACAUCAUCAGAAAGACGUAAAGCACAGGUCCCU